AUGGGUCUGCGACGCAGCUGUGUCUUCUGUCGUACUCGUAAGAUUCGAUGUUCCGGUGAAUCCAUAUGCAGUGCCUGUCGGAAGCGCAACCUUAGCUGCGAAUAUAGCCUGGAAGCUCGAAAGGGACGGCCCGCGCAGAGAGGAACAACAACAUCACAGCCUCCAUUGACGUCGGAACUACAUACUAACAAUGGAAGCGAUAAUUCGUCGCCAUUGCAGUCGGGGGCAUCUGCAGAGAAUUCCUUGGCACCCGACUCGGCAGCCCAUGGCCACGAGGAUUCUGCAACCAGCUCCGACCUGAAUAUUCAUGUUGGCGAUGAGCUGGACCGGAGAUUCGAUGCCUACUUUAUCACGAAAACUGACUCGGGCUCUAAUCUCUUUCAAACUGCAAUUGCCACCUAUCAGCGGGAAUUGGACAAGUCGCCUCGGAAACCCCCAUUUCGUCCAAUACAGCUUCCUUUGACCUAUGAUGGGCUGCUGUCCUUUAUGGCGUCGGAGAUGGUGGGCAUCCUGCCGCUCCGUUUUAGUUUCCUGGGAGUUCAGCAAUUGGAGGCUCCGAAUCAGAAUUUUUAUGUGUCAACCUUGGCAGCGGACACCACGCGUACGAUGUUCGACAGUCUCGAGUUUGAUGUCGAUCCUUUGAUGGCGCUGGGAAAGCACCUGAUCAUUCAGCUGGUUGAUGUGUGGUUUUCGGCCCAUCCAUUGUCACCUUUGGUCUCUAAAACGCUGCUAAUCACGGCAAUCCAGGAUGAUACAGUGGAUAAGGCCCUUCUAGCAGUCAUAUUGGCUGAUGCAUGUGAUAUACAGCCUAUCGUGAGCAAGCUGCAUGAAGAUAUUCCAAAUGAUCCUCAGACACUCUACAACUUUGCUAUCUUGCAGCUGAAGCAGCGCACGGUGGUGCUUGGACACUCCUCGGUUCUUUCUACAGCUCAGGCACUGUUUCUGGUAGGAUGGAGGGAGUUGUGCCUCGGCCAUGCCCGACGCGCUACCUGCUUCACAGGCUAUGCCUGCCGUACAAUUGCCACUUUGUACACCUUUUGGCAGGCUGAUAAUUGCAGGAAGUGUGGCAGAAAGCUUAAUGGCGUGGAUAUAGGUAUCGUCGAGCAAGAAUUGGCACAGAACAUUUACUGGCUCUGCUUGGCCACCACAACAUGGGUGUUCAUGCAAAGCAAUCAGCCAUUCUCGUUGCUCACUCCGGAAACGACGCCCGACUUCCCGUGCCUGGAUGAGGCAGCUUCAGCCAUUCUCCACUUAGACCGCGAAUCGGGAAACAUCUCCACGCUACAGGCCCAAUUCCAGGCUACUCGGUGUCUGUGGCCACUCAGUCACAUCACCAGUACAGUGGCCCAUAUCUACACGCUGUAUCUCAAUGCGCCUACAGAGAAUAAAGAAGAGCAAGCUGUGCCAUGGCAAAAACAGCAUCUUCACGAGUUACACCAACUUUUUCAGCCUUGCUAUGAUCGAUCUGUUUUGGCGUCGAGGAUGCAUAGGAUCCUCCUCCAUGCCAUCGAACUCGUGGAGAGCCAGGUCACCAUAGUAUCUUCACGGUCUUUGCUAUUGAAUGCGUACCAUAGUAUUGCUAUUCACAUGCUUUUUUCUGGAGACAAAAGGGGUCAAGAGCGGCCGAUGAUCUCGCAAUCAGUCAUGGACUCAUUUUGUCUGUCGGCUUCUGCACUUCUUGCUAUUACUCGACAAAGCCAUUUCCAAGUGACUAGUCUGAUGCCUACGCAAGAGCUUCGAGGCGUCAAUGGAUCCAAAAUAAUGCUAUAUGCUCUAGACACUUGCAGCAGGGGAUUUUCGUACAUAUAUGCGAAACACGAGCGUGGAUCGAUUGAGGAGCGCAAUAUGAUCAGCUUAAGACAAAGCCAGCUAGUCCAUAUUGCCAACCAGCUGCAUCAAGCCUGUAAAGGCGAUGUAGUGUCUCGGCUUGGAGCAGCGUUACUGCCGGUGAAGAAGAGAUUGAAGCGUGCGAAACAAGCCUUUCAGCAUCUUGAAUCAACCUCCGUUCCCCAAUCAGCACUGCUUUCUGGUCAGAACGAGCAGAACCCAUUGAGUAACUCGUCUCCUGCAAGUGAUCUUCUAAUGGACCUGGGCUUCAGCAUGAACCAGAUGGCAGACCCGUCUCUUGCUCCUGAUUACUCCGAGCCUUUGCCACUCAUGGCAAUCGAUCAAACCUGGCCGCUGUCUGGGAACCCUUGUGAGAUAUACGAUCCAGGCUUCUUCCUAGACGGACCGAUCACAGGGUCACUUCUGGGGUUUCCCGGCCUUGCCAAAAUGAACAUGCAACUUCAGGAUUACGUAUCUCUAGACGAAAGCGACCCGAACCAGGACGCGCUUGCUCUCUUAAGUCAAGGCACGAGUGGCAUUUCGUUUGAUGAACCGAACGUCCAAAGCACUCAUGUCAACCCUCCGGACACUGAAUACACAUUUGACCCUGUUGUUCACCUUGGUCAAACCGCAAUGAGUAUCGUGUACAUUCGAGGAACCAGGGCAUCUAAACAUUCAAUCGACUCACAACAUUAUGACAGCAGCUCAUGCCUCGUCCCAUUAACUUCCAAUUCAACAGGCGGUCGCUGUGUCUUUACCAAGGCCUCAGAGUACCCUUGCUCCAUUGCCAUGUUGCCACCACCACUGGGCCUCUGCAUCCGUUUCCUUUCCCUCCUCUCCCAAACCGCCCACACAAGUGAAGCACCUGCAAUAACGCCCAGAGGAACCCCAACCCCAACACCGAUGGCUGUGUCCCGCGAAGAAGAAGGGGAUGAGGAGGAGGAAGAAGACGACGAGGCGGAUGGAGAUGCCACCGCGGACGACGAAUUAGAAGAGGCGCACGUAUUAUUUCCCGACGACGUAUCCGCUGUAGAGUUCGCAAGCGCAGCAUACCCAAACAGCAUCUUCCCCGUAGCGACCUCAAACGAGUUCCCAUACGGGCAAAUAACGUCACUACCAUUGCUUAUCGGAGUACCGCAGCAAUACGUCGAGACGCCAUUUUUGUAG